ACGCGCAUCGCCUUGCCACGCCCACUCCGCGUUCUAAUUGGCUGUCGCUUAACACAGUUUCCUCUCUGACCACUCCCACUCUGACUAAUGUGGGGAGAGUCACCGAAACCGGAAGCGGUACCGGGAAGCGACAGAGACGGGCGGAAGCACCGGGAUACCGACCGGGUGACAGGAGGACGGGGAGCCAGAGAGUUUAUUAUUACGGAUUGUCCAACACUAAGGAGUCCCGAUGCCGCUAGGCCUUGGUCGAAGAAAGAAGGCUUCUCCGCUGAUGGAGGAAGAUGACGUGGGCGAGCGCACAUCAUUGGGGGUAUCCAGUGCUGGCGGUGUCUCCGGCGGCUCCAUCUCACCGCAGGUCCCAGGCCUCCCUCCCCCGGCUACUGCCCUGCGCCCUCGCCUGGUCUUCCAUGCACAGCUGGCUCACGGGAGCCCCACGGGGAGGAUCGAAGGGUUCAGUAACGUGAAGGAGCUGUAUGCCAAGAUAGCCGAGGCCUUUAAUAUACCUGCCAGCGAGGUAAUGUUCUGCACACUAAACACGCAUCGUCUGGACAUGGACAAGCUUCUGGGGGGUCAGAUCGGCCUGGAAGACUUCAUCUUUGCUCACAUACGCGGCCAGAAAAAGGAGCUCGAGGUGUAUAAGUCUGAGGACUCGCUGGGCCUGACCAUCACCGAUAAUGGCGCCGGUUACGCCUUCAUCAAGCGUAUUAAGGAAGGCAGCAUAAUACACCGGAUGCAGCUGAUCAACGUCGGGGACAUGAUUGAAGCCAUAAACGGGAAGAAUCUGGUGGGCAGCCGUCACUUUGAAGUGGCCCGAGCUCUGAAGGAACUGCCCCGGGGAAGAGCCUUUACAGUGAAAUUAUGUGAACCCAGGAAAGCCUUUGAUAUGAUCGGUCAGCGCUCCAGCUCAUCCGCUAGUAGUGCUGGGAUAUCAUCGGGUAGAGGAACGUUACGUCUCAGAGCAAAGGGGGCCCCGACCGUGGAGGAGCCGGUGAGAGAGGUUUCUGUCAUUGAGGAGAAAGCUAUACAGAAGGUGGACGAUCUCCUGGAGAGUUAUAUGGGCAUCAGGGACAGUGACCUGGCUGGCACCAUGGUGGAGCUGGGCAUGGAUAAACAGAACCCUGACGACUUCUCGCAGGCCUUGGACCGCACGCUCGGGGACUUCGCUUUCCCGGACGAGUUUGUCUUUGAUGUCUGGGGUGCGAUAGGCGAUGCCAAGGCUGGACGCUACUAAAUUAUCCCCGCACCUCCCCCCUUUCCCCCUUAAAGGGGGUGUAUCUGCUGCUUCCCAACCACAUCUCCAUCGUGCAGUCCCGGUAGGAUCGGCAUACUGGUGAGGGGGGGGGGGGAUUGUUCUAAGGGCUAAACCACUGCUGUCAAGAUCCUCGCCAUAAUUUGUCACCCGUACUCGUUCCUGCGAUUACAUCACUAUGCGGAAAUGCUUCUACUCUUCUGCGGAGACUGCCGGGUGGAGCCUGGCACUGAUGACUCCCCUGGGUGACUCUUACAAAUGGGCAUGAACAUUAAUUCACAUUUUUUCUGAUGCAAACCCAUUGCAGGAUCUACUGAGCGAGACUCAAGAUGGCUGCUGGGCGAGGACCAUACUACAGUAACACUCCACUACAUUCCUUGGAAGGGCACUGAACCUGAACUUGAAUGCGUUUUAUGGAUUCCGAGAAUAUUUAGUAAAAAUAAGAUUUAACCAAGCUAAUGGGAUAGUUGGAAGCCGCCAAUAGAGGACAAACCCAACAUGGAAAUGCAUACGGAAGACAUUUCCGCUCGUCCAGGACACUUUUUCUAACGUUAAAGUCUAUAACUGCUAUGUUACAUACCCUCUGUAUUCACGAGAUGCUGGUUACUAGCGCCACCCGUUGUCCGAGUGGCAGAAUGGCAAUAAUGGUUACAGCGCUUCUUGUUGGAUGCGAGGGAUCGCUGACCUAGAUAAUUUAUGUCGUCGACUCACAAGUUUAUUUUCUGUGUUCCCUGUUAUGACUGUAAGAGAAAGGAAAAGAAAAUACUGAAUUUAUUAAAAGAUUUUAUACA